AACAACACGGCGGAUACAUGUUGAGACUCUCGCAGGGAUUUUCAGGAUUUCACUGACUCUUUAGCGGCCAUGGAGAAGAAGGACAAGCCGACCGACCGGAGCCGCUCCUCCGACGGGAGAGCCAAAGAAAGAGUCGACAGUGUGGAUCCAUAUGGCUUUGAGCGCUCUGAUGACUUUGACUACGACUCAUAUGAGGAACUGAUGUCUGAGUAUCUAGUCGUGCUUACCCGAAGAGCCAUCAAGUGGUCCAAACUACUGAAGGGCAAAAGAAAGGUGCAGAAGAAUGUGAAAUUAAAGCGUUAUGUACGUAAGGGGAUCCCCAAUGAGCACCGGACCCUGAUCUGGAUGGCAGCUAGUGGGGCUCAAGACCAGCUAGAGAAGAAUCCAGGUUUCUACCAGUCCCUGCUUGGAGCCCAGCAUGACCCCAAACUGGUGGAGACCAUCUGCACAGACUUAAACAGAACAUUUCCAGACAACGUCCAGUUCCGUAAGACAUCCAACCCGUGUCUGCAGAAAGCUCUGCACAACGUGCUGCUGGCUUAUGGUCACCACAAUCCAGCUGUGGGCUACUGUCAGGGAAUGAACUUCGUAGCUGGAUACCUACUUAUCAUCACAAAAGAUGAAGAGAAAUCCUUCUGGCUGAUGGAUGCACUACUGGGCAGAAUUUUACCAGACUACUACUCUCCAGCCAUGCUGGGGCUGAAGACCGACCAGGAGGUGUUGGGGGAACUGGUGAAGUUGAAAGUCCCCAGAGUGUGGCAGACCAUGGAGGAUCACAAUGUCAUGUGGACCCUGGUGGUGUCCAGGUGGUUCAUCUGUCUAUAUAUAGAUGUCUUGCCAGUAGAGACCGUUCUGCGUAUCUGGGAUUGCCUGUUCUACGAGGGCUCUAAAAUCCUGUUCCGUGUUGCUCUGACAUUGAUCCACCACAACCAGGAUCUGAUUCAGCAGGCCCAGUCGCUGCCAGACGUCUGCCAAAACUUCAAACAGAUCACCCACGGACCAUUUGUGGAUGAAUGUCACACUUUCAUGCAGAAAAUCUUCACUGAACCAGGAAGUCUCUCCUUUGCAACCUUGACUAAGCUCCGGACUACAUGUCGAUCUCACAUCAUCGCAGAGGAGUCCUGACCCAAACUGACUGAUACUGUAGUUGCUUGAAACUCACAUUCCACUGGGAUGAAUGGCUUGUUUGCACCUUUAUUAAGUGACUCCAUGUCACAGUGACUACUAUGUGUACUUCUUGUCUUAAACAUUAUUUUUGAGAUGAUAAAACUUAAAUGUAAAUAUAUGAUCUCAUGAGAAUAUUCUUAGCAAUGUGCUAACCUAUCGAUUCCAGUUGAAACUGACAUGUAGUUUGCUUUAAGGUGAUAGUUUCUUCUUUUGUUAAAAUGUGGAAUUAUGCACUUUAUUCCUGAUACACUGAAGAGAAAAGACUUGGCAGCAGAUGUCAGGUCAGAAAAAAUGUUGCACACUGUAAGCACACCCAACAAAAACCUGCCUACUGUAUUUCACACUGUUGUCUUAGUCUUGAAUAUUGUAAAUAAUAUUAACUAAUUGUUCUUUGAGGUGAAUUCAAAGUAGAUUGACGAAUGACAAAACACAAUGCUGGCACUACAUGAAGUAUCUGAAUGUGAAUUAAUUAACAAAAAACUCUGAUUUCCUUUUAAACAUUUCAAUGUCUAAUUCAUAGUUCCUGACCUCAACCUUUUAAUUCAAUUACACUGUGGUGAUUUAAACAUGGCUGCUCUCUUUUUCAAACAAUGAUGUGUCCAGUUUGUUUUUUCGGGGCCCUUUAAACAGUUUUGGCACUGAUAUCAGAUUUUUAUGGCAGGGGUCAAAAAUAACCAUGGCAUUGAUCCCAGAGUAUCCCGUGUAAUGUUGAACAGCUCGGAGUAAACAUCGAUAUUAAUCUAACACAGAACAGGAUGACACAUGUAUUAAAAAGGUACAGUUGAAUGAAAUAUUCACAGAAAUCAACACCAUACUUUUGAUGUUUUUAUUAUCUUUCACUAAGAUGCAUAAUAGAAAACGAGAUCAAACCAUUUUCUAUAAAAAUAAAAGAUCAAAUCACGACACUUCAUAUUAACAUUUCUUGUGGGAGAGGCUGGGAGAAGAUAAAAAAAAAAUAACCUGUGUUCACUCUUCCUUCCAAAAACAUU